AUGGCAGAAAAACCAAUGCGUAUGUCCACACAAAUAUCCGAUGAUGAAGAUAUACAAAAAGAAGAUAAUAUCCGUUGCUUAACUAUGGUUGGUCGUUUUGGUUUUGAUUGUUUGCCUCAUCAACUGGUGAACAAAUCUGUUCAACAAGGGUUCUUUUUUAAUAUUCUCUGUGUGGGGGAAACUGGGAUUGGAAAAUCAACAUUGAUCGACACACUGUUCAAUACUAAUUUGAAAGACAAAAAAUCCUCACAUUUUUACCCAAAUGUUGGACUUAAAAUUCAGACAUAUGAACUUCAGGAAAGCAAUAUUCAAUUGAAUUUAACUGUUGUGAAAACAGUGGGGUAUGGUGAUCAAAUAAACAAGGAAGCCAGCUACCAGCCAAUAGUUGACUACAUAGAUGCUCAAUUUGAGUCCUAUCUUCAAGAAGAAUUGAAAAUUAAGCGUUCCUUUGUUGACUACCAUGAUUCCCGUAUCCACGUGUGCCUUUACUUCAUUUCACCUACAGGACAUUCUCUGAAACCCCUUGAUCUAUUAACCAUGAAGAACAUUGACAGGAAGGUGAACAUUAUACCACUGAUUGCCAAAGCAGAUACAAUUUCUAAAAAAGAUUUACAGAAAUUUAAGUGUAAGAUAAUGAGUGAAUUGAUUAGUAAUGGCAUCCAGAUAUACCAGCUCCCAACAGAUGAUGAAGCUACCACGCACGUGAACACCUCAAUGAAUGGACUCUUACCUUUUGCUGUAGUAGGAAGUAUGGAUGAAGUGAAAGUUGGAAAAAGAAUGGUCAGAGGACGUCAGUACCCUUGGGGAGUUUUACAAGUGGAAAAUGAAAAUCACUGUGACUUUGUUAAGCUCCGGGAUGUUCUUCUUUAUACAAACAUGGAAGACUUGAAAGAACAAACCCACACUUGGCACUAUGAACGUUAUAGGUUCAGCAAACUUCAGAAAAUGGGAUUUACUGAUGUGGGUCCAGACAACCAGCCAGUUAGUUUUCAAGAGAUCUAUGAAGCCAAAAGGCAGGAUUUCUUGGAUCAAUGUCAGAGGGAAGAAGAAGAGUUGAAACAGAAGUUUAUGCAGAGAGUAAAGGAGAAAGAAAAAGCAUUUAAAGAAGCUGAAAAAAAGCUACAGGACAAGUUUGAGCAUCUUAAGAGGGUCCAACAAGAGGAGACAAUGAAACUUGAGAAGGAGAGAAGACAACUGGAAGAAGAAAUAAUAGAUUUUUAUAAAAUGAAGGCUGCCUCUGGAACAGUGCAGACUCAGGGGUGUACCAAUAUAAGGAAGGACAAAGAUAUCCAUAGGGCUCUAGAGCACAGACUCAGUAGUUGUGGUUCAUGGGCUUAG